CAGAACGAUAACAGGAUGGGGGGCGGCGACCCUUGGCGCAUGGCAACGUUCACCGGGGGUCAUUUUCCAACCCACUGCCUUCCCUGCAUAUCUUACCACACGCAGCAGCAAGAUGGAGGUGCUGUCGGCCGUCGCCCGCCUCGGGGUCGGCUUUCCGCUGCGAGUUGCGUCGGACCUGUCUGUCAUUCCGUCGCUCUCGAUCAUGCAACAGAAUCAUCGCCACUUUGAACUGUUUGUCGGGGUGUUUCAUGUCGUUGUGUCGUGCUUGGCCAACGCUGCCGACGUGUACGAACGUGCGACGAACUCGCCGCUAUUCCUGACGACGGAUCAGUGGAACGGCAUGCUCGACGUGCUGUGGCUCUCGUUUCUGUACCUCCUCGUCGUCCACCUCCUCUCGAUCGCAAACGAAAACGUCAACAUCGUGUUGCGCUAUGCCGGGUUUUCCCUCGCGUGGGUCCUCAAGCUCAAGGAUGGCCCGAACGCCCACACGUACUCGCUCUUGAUGGUCCUCGCCGGGUUCUCGGCCGUCGUCUUGCGUCGCAACCUGUUUGCUGAAAAGUUCAUGCUGCCCCUGCGCAAGCCGGAAGCGGCCACCGCCGUCGCCCUCGCGCUCUUUUGCACGACGAUCUACAUCUUUGCCUUUGACAUUCCCAUCGACGGCGCGUACAUCCGCGCGGCGUUUUACUGCUGCCUCGGCGCGUUCUUCUACUACGGGUGGAAGUGCGUGCCCGUCGCCAGCUCCAAAAAAUGGGACGACUGCGACGUCGUCUCGUCAUCCGACUUUAUCUAAACCGAGCGAUGGAUGUCGUUAGCUGUGUCGAACGUCGAGUUAAGCUGUUGUAAGGUCCAUUCGUGCCGUCGCCCUCGUUGUUCGCGCACGUCUCUGACGUGGCAUCCCACACGUGCUGGCAUCGGCAACGUUGAAGGGCCACAGAUGGAGGUGACCCGGCGGUGUCAUGGUUUGAAAGGACCAAUCAAAUGGCUUUAUUCCGCAAUGCAAAUUCAUUUAGCC